CCGUCUGGGAUCUCAAAUGACGUGGUUGUUUAGCGCAAUUACAAUACAGUACGAAAAUUCGCAAUUUACUAUACGUGUAUUCUAGUCUACAAAUACAUUCGCGAGUUUAUGGUAACGAGCAUUUACCUGACUAGUGCACUUUACACCAGGCUUGUUGCUGAGCGCCCGCCUACGUUCGGACAGCCUUUGUAGUGCGAGUCAAUAUUCCCGGAAGCGUGCUGUGCGUUUGAUUUGAGCUGCUCCCUCCUCGCCAUUCAGUUGCGCGUACUCCAGUGUAGCAGCAGCAGCAUAACGACUAUGGCAGAGCAGGAUCCCACCCCGGAGCAGCUGGCGGCCAUCGCAGCGGCCAACGAGGAAGCGGAGGGCGGGGUCAACUACAAGCCCCCCGCUCAGAAGAGUCUGCAGGAGAUCCAGGAGCUGGACAAGGACGACGAGAGCCUGCGCAAGUACAAGGAGGCCCUGCUGGGGAACGCCUCCGCGGCUGCAGUAGACCCCAACGCUCCCAAUGUCCAGGUGACACGCUUGACCCUGAUGUGUGAGACGGCGCCGCUGCCCCUGACCCUUGACCUACAGGGAGACCUGGAGUCCUUUAAGAAACAGUCUUUUGUCCUGAAGGAAGGCGUGGAGUACAAGAUAAAGAUCAGCUUCAAGGUCAACAAGGAGAUUGUGUCGGGACUGAAGUAUGCCCAGCAGACCUACAGGAAAGGAGUCAAGGUUGACAAGUCAGACUACAUGGUGGGGAGCUACGGGCCGCGGCCGGCAGAGUAUGAGUUCCUGACCCCUCUGGAGGAAGCUCCUAAAGGCAUGCUGGCCCGCGGCACCUACAACAUCAAGUCCAAGUUCACCGAUGACGAUAAGCACGACCACCUCUCCUGGGAGUGGAACCUUAACAUCAAGAAAGAGUGGAAAGACUGAGUCCCCGUCAACUUAAUUCCCCCAUUUUCCCCCUCCAUUAUUUUACAUUCAUAAUUAUGUGAUAAGUAAUUAAGGCAAAUUGCUCUCUCGUCCACCCCAAUCCCUGCAGUAGUUUCAUUCCAAUCACGUUGUCAUGCCCCCCCCCCCCCCCCCCCCCCCCCCACACACUCCUUGUGAUGCUGAGUAUUGAAUAUGUGGAGAAGCAAAUCAUGUGCACAAUCAUGAAUUUGUUUUGGUUAGUUUGUAUAUAACCUUUUUCUUUUAAUGAAAAAAAUGAAAGAUUGAUUUGUUAAUGCUCUUGAUAUGGAUGUCAAUCAACUGUGUGAAUUCCAUCCUUUCCCCUUCAUCCCUUCCUGCUGAUUGUUUUAUACAACCAUGAUCUGCCUUGUAAAGGUGUUGCUGUGUGUUAAAGGCUGUGGUAGGUCCACACUCUGUACUCUUUGUUGGGGACGUUGCCCUCUGUCAGUGGAAAGCCUUUGAGCAGAUUAUAUGUACCAGAGUCCACACAAUUAGUUUAUUCUGGAACUAGUGUGAAUUCCUAACCGUUAAGAGGUGGCAUGACCAGCACUUACCGGCAGUCCACCAGAGGCACUGUGACCACCUGCUGAAGGUGCAAGUGUGCCUCUUCCUGGUCAGGGUUUUCACCUCCCUACCUAGUUCAUUCAGCAGCCAUGUGGCCUUAAAGAGGAUUCCUAUAGAACUAACGAUGAAGGAAAUGAUCACAAAGAGCCAUUUGCCUUUAGAACAGAACUGUCAGAUUGUUACGAGAGCCUCCUACAGGGUUUGAGUAAAAGAGUUUUAGGCUGAGUGCAGGUGCGAACAGAUGAUCAGACAGACCAUUGAGAUGCUUGUACCUUCUUUCCAGAUUAGCCAGUAGAAGUAGACCAUGAAAGAACAGCAGACAUCUCUGCUCCCUUCCCUCCUCACCGCAUCAGGUGGUCUCAAUGUGGACCACCUUUAGUGCUGUUUGCUGAUGUGAAUGUGUUUACAUUGAUAUAAAGAACCUGGUUUUGUUGACAACUAAGAAGUGAGCUUCUUGUCAAAUGCCCUCUAAGCAGACCAUGAGGCCUUCUUCCAGUCACUAACUCCAUUAGUGUAGCGUCUCAUAUGGGGCCUUGCUGGUGGCCCUUGUGAGCAGAGAGGAAUGUCACACAAGGGUUGUUAAUCCGCUCACCUCGAGUAUGAAUCAACUCCAGGAUUACCAAAACUGGCUGUGCCUCUAGCCUUUACAACCACCAGCUUCUCUCUGCUAAGGUCAGACAUUCAGAAUGGGAACUCAACAUCAAAUAGUUUUGAACUUUGGGCCUGAUGUUUUAGGUCAGGUCUAAGUUGUGCGCAGACCCAGAGUUAAGUAGAACGAGAACAGCCAAGACCUCUUAAUACAAAACCGUGUUAUAUUUUUCUACACUCCAUUAAUCAAUGUCAUAACUUGUGAUGUAGGGCUCAGGCUUUGUUUGGUUUCAAUGGUUCAGUAUGUGUCACUGGAUCAUUGUUUCAGUAUGGUUUUGAUUCUGUGUGCCACCUGGAGAACACUGUUCACCUGUCACAUUAAAGUCUUCAGACUGGA